AUGACGGAUUUAUUAAACGGUGCUAUCUUCAACAGGAUACUUAGAGACUACAUUGUUCUAUCGCUUGUGCGAUCUCUCAAGCCCUACUUUGAUCCCAAUACAUUUGAAGUGUAUGAAGAGUCGGAAGAAGAAGAAAUGAUUGAACACUGGAAGCGGUGUGCCUUCUACACAAAUUCCGCCAUGCAGUUUGCCACUGGGGCAAUCUACGUCAGCGGUACUGCUCAUGAAGAGAAUGCAGAAAAGAUUGAAGACCUGAUUGUAUAUGUAAAAAGUGCAUUCAAGGACUACCUGUUGAGAAAGUUCUGGAUGGACAAAGGCACCAGAACAAAGGCAUCAGAAAAGAUCGACCAUAUCAUAGACAAAAUCAGCUACCCCUUGUUUAUUCUCAAUGGUACUUUCCUGGAUACCUAUUACACGAAUUUUGAGGUUGUCGUGGACUGGUUCAAGAAUAUUCAAGCAUGGCGGAAGUUCUAGCUGCAGCUUGCAAAUAAUCUGUUAAAAGAAAAACCCGACAGGAAAAAGAG